CUGGGCGGGCAGAGCGAGGAAAGCUCCUUCCUGGCCCGGGCUCUCUCGGCCAAAGCUCCAAUCCUGCCUCACCUCAACCCCGGCUCCCCCAGUGUCCGCCAUGGCCAAAGCCUACGACCACCUCUUCAAGUUACUGCUGAUCGGUGACUCCGGGGUGGGCAAGACUUGUCUGAUCAUUCGCUUUGCAGAAGACAACUUCAACAAUACGUACAUCUCCACCAUCGAUUCACCCACCCCCAUACAUGUCUGGAUGGUACCCAAAGCUUUAACCUCUCUAAAGCCUCCAGGAAUUGAUUUCAAGAUCCGCACUGUGAAUAUAGAGGGGAAGAAGAUCAAACUGCAAGUCUGGGACACAGCUGGGCAAGAGCGUUUCAAGACGAUAACUACUGCCUAUUACCGAGGAGCCAUGGGCAUUAUCCUAGUGUAUGACAUCACAGAUGAGAAGUCUUUUGAGAAUAUUCAGAACUGGAUGAAAAGCAUCAAAGAGCAUGCCUCAGCUGGGGUGGAGCGCCUCUUGCUGGGAAACAAGUGUGACAUGGAGGCCAAGAGGAGAGUGCAGAAAGAGCAGGCUGAUAAGUUGGCUCAAGAGCACGGAAUCCGAUUUUUUGAGACAAGUGCUAAAUCCAGUGUGAAUGUGGCUGAGGCUUUUAGUUCCCUGGCCCGGGACAUCUUGCUGAAGUCAGGAAGCCGGAGACGAGGAAAUGACAACAAGCCACCCAGCACUGACCUGAAACCCUGUGACAAGAACACCAAGUGCUCUCUCAGCUGAGGACCCUUUCUUGCCUCCCCACCCUAAACCUGGAAGCUGAACAUGAGGGAGGCAAGGCUGAGGGGGUUGGUGGGAUAGACAGGUAGAUGAUAAGGAGAAUGAGGAGAAAAUGGAGAAGACAAAAAGGGAAAGUAGGAAUGAAGGAAAGAAGCAGAGAGAAGGGAAGGGAAAGAGUUGAGGAAGUGAAAGAAAGGGAUAGGAAGAGAAAGAGGAGGAAAGGUAAGGAUAGAAGGCCUUAGGCCUCAGACCUUCCCUGGGUUUUCAGGGCAAACAAAAAUAUAAAUUCAUUGAUUUAGCCCAUAACUAGAUCAGGUUAUAAUUUCCUGUGAAAGGCUGACUCAGCAUCCCUUUCUGAAGGUUUGGGUCUAUUCUGUAACUCUGUAUGGUCUUUCUUGGUAUUAAAGACCAUCAAUUGUA